AUGUCUCAGCAGAAUAUUUUGGCAGCUAGUGUUUCAGCGCUCUCUCUUGAUGAAUCUACUGUGCAUACGGGCGGAGCAUCUUCCAAAAAAAGUAGAAGACCUCACAGAGCAUAUCAUAACUUUUCCUCGGGCACUGUUCCUACUUUGGGCAAUUCACCCUACACUACACCCCAAUUGAAUCAGCAGGAUGGUUUUCAACAACCUCAAGCCUUUACCCCUAAGCAAUUUGGUGGCUUCAACAACGGUUCGGGUUCCGUUAUGUCCACGCCUGUAAUGGUGAGUCAAGAGCGAUUCGGUGCGAGUGAGGCCUCCUCGCCAUAUGGUCAAUCUAUGCUUGAUAUGACAGCGCCUCAACCUACAUCUCACAUUGUUCCAACUCAAAGAUUUGAAGAUCAAGCUCAAUAUUUACAACGAUCUUUCGAAACUUGUAGAGAUUCUGUUCCGCCCUUGCCGACCACCCAGUUUUAUUGUGUUGACCAAGGUUCAUGUGAUCCGCACUUGAUGAGUUUAUCCAUGUACAACAUCCCCGAAAGUGAACACUUGAGAGCCGCCACGAAGCUACCACUUGGAUUAACCAUCCAACCAUUUUCCACUUUGACACCGAAUGAUGCAGAAGUUCCCACAAUUCCAUUACCAAUGGAUGGUACGCCUUUGCGUUGUAGACGUUGUCGUGCGUAUGCUAAUCCUAAAUUUCAGUUCACUUAUGAUUCAAGUGUUAUUUGUAAUAUUUGUAGAGUUAAGAUGCAAGUUCCAGGUGAGCAUUUUGCGCCCAUGGGUCCCAAUGGGCAACGAAGUGAUUUGAACGAAAAAUCAGAGUUAUUGCACGGAACAGUCGAUUUCUUGGUGCCAAGUAUUUACAAUGCUAUUCAGGAGAAGGAGCUUUUACCACUACACUACGUGUUUUUGAUUGAUGUUUCAUUGUUAGCUAAUGAGAACGGAAGUUCUUUAGCCAUGGUGGAAGGUGUCAGGUCAUGUAUUGAGUAUAUUUCAGAUUUCCAGCCAAAUUGUGAGGUUGCUAUAAUCGUUUAUGAUAAUAAGUUGCGGUUCUUUAAUUUGAGACCAGAUUUAGAUAAUGCACAAGAGUACAUUGUAAGUGAAUUGGACGAUGUUUUCUUACCAUUUUAUAAUGGAUUAUUUGUUAAACCCGGAAACUCGAUGAAAAUCAUUAAUGACACAUUGAUAAAAAUUAGUGGUUACAUCUCCACCGACAAGUAUAGUCACGUACCCCAAGUCUGUUAUGGUUCUGCUUUACAAGCCGCAAAAUUAGCGUUAGACACAGUAACUGGCGGGCAAGGUGGUAAGAUUAUUUGUUCUUUGAACAGCUUGCCAACGAUCGGCAACGGGAAUUUAUCGCUAAAAAGGGACAAUGCACACAUUGCUCAUGUUAAAUGCGACAAUGGGUUCUAUAAGAAAUUAGCAUCGGAUUUUUUGAAAUCCUACAUUUCUUUAGAUUUAUAUGUGACCAAUGCGGGAUUCAUUGAUAUGGCCACUGUGGGCCAUCCUGUAGAGAUGACUUCCGGUAUUUUGAAAUAUUAUCCCCACUUUCAACAAGAGACGGAUGCCUUCACUUUGGUUAACGACAUGGUUACAAAUGUCUCCAAUAUUGUUGGUUAUCAAGCUUUAUUGAAAGUUCGCUGUUCUACUGGGCUAUCUGUGGAACAGUACUACUGCGAUUCAUCUGAUAAUACGGAUCAUGAUCCAAUUAUUCCUGUAUUGACUAGAGAUACCACCUUAGAUGUCUUACUAAAAUAUGACAGUAAAAUAAAAACAGGAACCGAUGUUCAUUUCCAAACUGCAUUGUUAUAUACUGAUAUUGAUGGUGUCAGAAAAGUUCGUUCUAUUAACACGUCAGGUGCGGUAUCUAAUAACAUUCGUGAAAUUUUCAAGUUUAUAAAUCAAAAUCCUGUCAUGAGAAUAAUGAUCAAAGAUGUCAUAAAGACGCUCGGUGAUUGUGACUUUGUAAAGAUCAGAAGAUUAAUUGAUGACAAGAUGGUCGAAAUCUUGACCCAAUAUAGAGGAUUGGUUAGCAGUAACUCAUCAACGCAAUUGAUACUGCCGGAUUCUAUAAAGACAUUGCCUGCUUACAUGUUAGCAUUUGAAAAAAGCGAAUUAAUGAAGCCAAACGCUCAAAGUACCCGUGGUAAUGAACGAAUUUAUGAUUUAUUGAAGUACGAUUCAUUGAACUCAGCACAACUUUGCUACAAACUUUAUCCACAAAUUGUGCCAUUCCAUGUAUUAUUAGAGGAAACUGAUCUGACCUUUUACGAUGCUAAUGAUAAAUUAUUACAGAUCAACUCCAGCUCUAUUAAUAAUCUAUCUGUAAGAGCCUCACACUCUAAUUUCAUUAACGGCGGUUGCUACUUGAUUUUCCAAGGUGAUACUAUCUAUCUAUGGUUUAAUGAGAACACCAAUAGAAUGCUCUUGCAAGACCUGCUGUCAGUGGAUGAAUCCUUGCCCGUCAGCCAAAUUUCGUUAUUUAGUGGAACAUUGCCUGAGACGGGCACUAGUAUUAAUCAAAAGGCUUCAAACGUCAUUAAAAACUGGCAACAAGUAGUCAACAAGUCAUCAUUGCCGUUAGUCUUGUUGAGGCCUAAUGUUGAUCAAUAUUACAGUAAUGUGAUGAGUCAAUUGCUUUGCGAGGACAAGACCGUCAACAGAAUCGAAUCAUAUGACAAUUACUUGGUGAUAAUGCAUAAAAAAAUUCAAGAAAAACUUCAAAAAGACGAUUUCAUUAAAGUCUCGACUGCCGCAACUCACGAAAAUAUCCAUCAAAAAUUUGUGCAGUUUUGA